AUGAGGAAUGCGGCUUGGGGGAUAGCAGGUGAUUUUAACACUUAUUUGUAUGAGUAUGAGAAGCUAGGUGGUAAUGGGCAUAACUGGAAUAGCAUGAGGGAAUUUCGUGAUUGUUUAGAUGAAUGUAGCUUGUCUGACAUUGGCAAUCAAGGUCCUAUUUUCACUUGGCAAAGAAGAAAUCUUCAGGAACGUCUUGAUAGGGUUUGCGCUAAUGAUAAUUGGAACUUGGUUUUCCCUAACCGUGUGGCUUUCAACUUGCCUUUCUUUGGCUCAGAUCAUCGACCAGUGUUAUUAUGGGAAGGUCAACCUGCUAUUUAUCCGAGAGGGGAGCGUCCUUUCCGUUUUCUAGCGUCCUGGUUAACAGAGAGCACUUUUCAUGAGGUGGUUAAUGGAUGUUGGUCAAACAAUUUCGUGUAA